AAACACAGAGACUUCCGGUUUCUAACCGGCGUGUUUUAAAAGCGAGCACGCAGGCAGAAGGUUUUUAGGCCAUACACUGUGAUGAUGGAUUCUCCUCCUACAAAAGAGCAUAAAAGCCCGCAGCGCGAGUCUCCGCUGCCCUCCGUCUCCGAGCGUCUGGCGUACCUGCGGCCGUCCCGCGAGCUGCUGGACUUCUACAGGCAGAAGGUGGCGCAGUUUGAUGGAGAACAUGAUGACCUGCUGCAGAUGCUGGAGAAGUACAGGAGCACCGCGGAGGAGCAGCACAAGUUGCAGUGGGAGGUGCGUCAGCGCGAGGAGGAGAUCGCAGAGCUCCAGAACGCUCUCAGUGAUAUGCAGGUAUAUCUGUUCCAGGAGCGAGAGCAGGCGCUGCGACUGUACGCCGAGAACGACCGCCUCAAAAUCAGAGAGCUGGAGGACCGGAAAAAGAUCCAGCAUCUUCUAGCACUUGUAGGUCCAGAUCCAGGCGAGAUCACGUAUUUCCACCGCGAGCCUCCACACAAGGUCACAAUCCCUCAAAAGAAGGUCCAGCUGAGAUCACAUGAGGAAUCAAAGGUGGUGAAACCGAGGCCUGUGUCAGCGAAAGGAAGCAAGAAAUCGUCCAAAGACGGAGAAGAUGCUACAAGUUCAGAGCAGUACAAGAGAGACAACCAGACAUUACUGCUGCAGCCUCCUCCUGCGUGCGCAGACGCUCUGUUCAUCAUGCAGCCCAAACACGAGAGCAGCCAGACACACCGCGAGGAGACCAGGGCUUUGCAGGAGGAACUGAAACAGGCUCAUAAACUGGCUGACAUGUACCGAGAGCAGUGUGUCAAUCUGGAGACGGACCUGUCCCAGAUCAGAGAGGAAGGUGACGUGGGCCGAGAGAUCUUCAAAGAGCGCUCUGAUAAGAUGGCCAAACGUCUGCAGCUGAUGACUCAACGUUAUGAAGCUCUGGAGAAAAGACGCGCCAUGGAGGUGGAGGGAUUCAAGACCGACAUCAAACACCUGCGGCAGAAAGUCAAAGACGUGGAGAAAUAUCUCUUUAAAUUGACACUCAACGUGGGCCCUGAUCAAGACCUGGCGAUUCUCCAUGAGGUUCGACAGACCAACAGUCGCACAGUGAAGGUCCAGAGUGAGCUGAAGAACCUGAGGGCUAAAAUCUACAAACUGGAGAACGACCUGAGGUUCUGCUGAAGACUCAUCAGGAGGAUUCAGAAGAUGACCUCUCACAGCUCAGGCCUCACACUGUGUUCCUUACAGUCACAUAUCCAUCCAUUUCUUUGGGUUUUGUGAUUUGGAGAAUGAAGAAAUUCUGAGACGCAUCACUGACUGACUGAUUCAGAAGAAAGCCGGAUGUCACAGAACUGAGUGUUUAUUCGUGCUGCUGAAUUUCCUAUAUUAGAUAAAUAAAGGUUGAUUUUUAUAUUCAUAAUGAAA